UGAAGACCGAAGCUGCUUCCCUUUUUCUCCGUUUGCUAUAUCUUCUUCUCUGUACAGUGAUAAAGAGUCGUCGUCUUUCAGAUUGCAAGUAAAAUCUUUUAUUCAUUUGAGUUUUGUUUGCCUUGAUAAAAUUAUUUGAACCACAGAUAGAGAGUUUGACGAAGACGAAAAUAGCGUUUCAACCCAUUUGAAUUGCUUGCUCGGCAAUCGGUAUCAAGCAGUCACUGACCCAACUAUUCUCUUCCUCCGUCUGCUGCUCUUUCCAUCUGCACGCCAUAGUAUCGCUAUUCAUCGGCUGCCCUAUUUUAACUUUACACAAUUUAUUUUCUUCUGAAUUUGAAUUUCGUUUUUAACAGUUCAAUACCCUGCGUAUUUUCUUUUGCUCUCAAGUGCUUGAUUUGGUUAAAUUUGAAGUAGAAUUGCGGUUUUAGAUCAUUUUUACUUUUGAUCAUUUUAUUGACUAUAGACUUGCUCAGUGUUUUAUUUGGAAAAGCUAGUAGUUUCUUUUUCUUUUUUCGUGUUUUUCGGUUUGGGGGUUUAAGAAUCCAUGGCUUCUUAUCAUGGGCACGCUCACUCAGAACCUGCAAAAAUGGAGCAAAUAAUUACUGAAUUCUUCGCCAAAAGCCUUCACAUAAUACUGGAGUCCCGGUGCCCCUACGUCUCGUCGCGUAAUUACAGUGGGGAGCAAGUUUUAUUCUCUCCAUCUCCAUCUUCCUCCUCAUCCUCCUCCUCGAGUUUUAGGCCUCGGGAUAAGUGGUUCAAUCUGGCACUCAGGGAUUGUCCUGCUGCUUUAGAGAACAUCGACUUUUGGCGACAGAGUAAUCUGGAACCUAUGAUAGUUGAUGUCAUUCUAGUGCAGAGGCCUACUGAUUGGGACCCCUUGAAUUUCUCCCCAAGAACAGGUCAUGUACAGAAUUCGUACGGUUCAGACAAUGACGAGUUCUGGCCCGAGGGCAAGAGUGAAAAAAUCAUCGAGAGGUGGGUUCUGCAGUAUGAGAGCAAGAAGGACAACAAAACUGUGGGCAGCUCGUCCGGUAACAAGAGGUCGAGCUGCCCAAGCUCUCACGCUUUGUACAAAAAAUCGAUUCUUAUGCUAAGGUCUUUAUACGCGACCGUGAGGCUCUUGCCAGCUUACAAGCUUUUUCGCGAUCUCAUCUCGACUGCUCGAAUCCGGCUGUAUAAUCUCGGCCACCGUGUCUCGUCCUUUGUCGAGCCCUUCACUCGCCGGGAAGAGGCGGACAUGCAGCGAUUCGUGUUCACUCCAGUCGAGACUUCUUGUGGCAGGCUUUGCCUUUCAGUUCUGUACCGGACUUCGGUGACUGACGUGACUUCCGAGCCUUCCACUCCCAUUUCUCCUCAGUUCAUUCCGGAAUAUGUAGGGAGUCCCAUGGCGGAGCCUCUGAGGAGGCUCCCGUCAAUUUCUCCAUCUUCAUCGCCGUUCGGCAGGCGGCAUAGCUGGAGCUAUGGCUUGUGCAAAGCAUCACCUCCUUCGCCCACGCAUUCUGAAUCUCAUGUAAAGAAGCAUACACGCAAUUUUCCUUGCCCGAGGGCUUUGCCUCGCCUUUCGCAUGACGAGACAGUCGCUGUUCAUGUGAAAAAAUCGAGUUACGAUGAAUACUGGCCGUCUCCUGUUUUUUCGCCUUCCCCAUCUCCGUCACCACCUGCACAUGUUCGUGAUGGUCAUUUGUGUAAAGCUCUUUUGCGGUGUGAAAGUGCUCCGGUUAGUAUACCUGUGUCUAGGCUUUCGACUGUGCCUUCAGUGCCGAGUAAACUACUGAUGCCCCCUUCUCCUCCCAUGAAAGAAACUCGACUAACUAUUUCUAAGAAAGCAAUUGAUUCUGAUAAGUUCUUUUCUUUUGGCAAGGACGAGCAAGGAAAGAUGAUGGUGAUGAAAUCAUCAUUUAAUAGCUCGCCAUGCAAAUCAUUUUCCAGAAGCUCAAGCAGGUUGUCUUUUCAAGACGAUUGUAUUGACUCAGAGUUUUCUGGACCAUUUAUUGUGGAUGAUGACGACAUAGUAGAUCCAGGUUCCAGACCAAUUUCGUUCAAUCCGUGCGGGCCCCACGAGCCUAAGGGAGUUAAGAAAUCACAAGAUGCUGCUGCUGUUGGUGCCCUUGUUCGUAUGCUGAAGAAAGCUCCGCCCCUUCGCCAAGACAUUUCCCUCACCAUGCAGAAUCAUGUGGGCCCCGCUCUUCAGAAUGAUAACAAUAGUGCUGGCAACAAGAAUUCAAGUUCUUCAACCUUUUCGAAUCUUGCAUCCAAAACUACAGCUGAUGCAUUGGAUGAGCUUCGUGGUUACAGGGAGAUCAAAGACUUGCUGUUGAAGCAUGGGAAAAUUUCUCAGCCCUAGUCGAUUUUCUUGCUUUGAAGAGUUCUCUUUU